CGGUAAUCUACAGUACUUGUGCUCGAUGGUUUGCUAGUGAGCACGAAAGCACGGACCGACGGCCUUAUCUUUCCAUAGCUUCCAACUCUUGCUCUCUAAUCCCGUCUCCCGGUGAAAAACCAUUGUUUUACUGGGGCUCUAUCUAAUCGGGCCUCACCAAGCUCACUGUUCUCGUAUCCUCGCAUAAUCAGAAGAACCACUCUCGUGGCCACAUCUCCUGAAAACCCACGCAAAAAAAAACCCCUCUGAGCUGCAAAUACCAUCUCCCACCACCAACAACUACACAAUCAAGAAAAUGCGCACCCUGAUCCACCUCCUAUCUCUAACCUUUUCCCUAACCCUCUUGCUCUCCCACUUGACUCCCAGCACAGCAUACCGAGACUCCGCCCCUAGCAAGAGCGAACAAGACGACAACUACUCACUUACCCAGGAGCUCUACCAAUGGCCUAUAUCUGCCGAAUCCCCGACACCGUUGUGCGAGCUGUGGUAUCAUGAGCGCUGGGAGGACGCCUCGUGCCCCUCUGUCGGUCACAAGAACUGUGCUAUGACCGGCGAGUGCGGUGAUGACGAGAUUGUUCGUGUCGGGAUUAUGGACGAGGGGGGCGUGUUUAGGGGGGUUGUUACUACUGGUAAAGCACUCAAAAAUCGUGACAAAACCCUAAUAAACAUCCGCCGGGACCGCAACAACCCGACAAAGGUUUGGAGGGUGGAGUUUCAAAUGGUUUAUGAUCUCGAAGAACGCGACGUAAGAGCAACAAACCCAACCCCGGGCCCACAACCAUUCCUGAAUAAACCCAUUGUGUUGAACGCCGAGGGGAAGUUGCCAGAGCCGAAUGUUGAGAAGACCUUCUUGCAGAAGUACUGGUGGGUCCUACUAGCAGGAGCCUUACUCGUCCUAUCCGGGGGUGGCGGUGCGGAAUAAUCGUUCCCCUCUUCGCGCCAAAAACAAGGGGCAAUAUACCGGAUGGAUAGAAGGAUGGUUGCACACUAUACCACACAGCAAUUGACGCUUUACCAUUGUAUUGUACUCACUUGUACGAUAAACACAAACGACACGAUAUAAUAAAAAAACAAGUUUAUACCCGGGUA